AGGUGUUUAGCGUAGAAAAAACAGGGGAGCCCCUGCUCCGGCCGCAUUUGCUUACCGAGCGAAAUCGUCCCCCCUCUUCCCGCGCCCGCCGCGGCGGUCGAGCGCAGCCAACGCCACUCCACCCCACGAAACCCAAACCGUCCGAGCCAUCAGAUCAGACAUGGCACCGCCGCGCCGCGCUCGCGCGCGCGCCUACCUCCACCUGCUGCUCGCGGUCGUGCUGCUCCCCUGCUGCUGCCUCCCGCGCCGCGCGGCCGCGCAGUCCCCGCCGGCGGGCGAGGCGCGGGUGCUGCUGGAGAUCAAGCGCGCGUGGGGCGACCCGCCCGCGCUCGCGGGGUGGAACGCCACGGACGCGGCCACGCUCUGCAGCUGGCCGCACGUCGGUUGCGACGCGGCCGGCCGCGUCGUGAACCUCACCCUCGCCAACGCCAACGUCGCGGGCCCCUUCCCGGACGCCGUCGGCGACCUCACCGGCCUCACCUACCUCGACGUCUCCAGCAACAACAUCACCGGCGUGUUCCCGACCACGCUCUACCGCUGCGCUUCACUUCAGUACCUCAACCUGUCCCUGAACUACUUCGGUGGCGCGCUCCCGGCUAACAUCGGCAGCAGCCACGCCGCGAGCCUGACCACACUCGACCUCAACGGCAAUAAGUUUAAUGGCACCCUCCCGGCGUCGCUCUCCGAGCUACGGAGCCUCCAGUAUCUCGAUCUGAGCAGCAACAGCUUCACCGGCGCCAUCCCGGCAUCGCUCUCUGGACUCGGGAACCUCCAGCUUCUCGGGUUGAACGACAACCGCUUCACGGGCACCAUCCCGGCGGAGCUCGGCGAGCUCGCGAGCCUUCAGUCGCUGUAUCUGGCAAACAACCCUUUCGACGCAGGCCAGCUGCCGGCGUCGUUCAAGAAUAUGUCCAACCUGGUCAGCCUCUGGGCGUCGCAGUGCAAUCUCGUCGGAGACUUCCCCAAUUUUGUUUGGAGCCUGAAGAAGCUGCAACUAUUGUUUCUAUACACAAACAGCAUCACCGGCGACAUGGUCAUUGAUGGAUUUGCUGCGAGAAGCUUGACAAAAAUCGACGUCUCAGACAACAAAAUUAGUGGAGUCAUCCCGGAAGUGUUUGGGGGAUUGGAGAACCUCACAAUCUUGAACCUCUUCAUGAACAACUUCUCCGGCGAGGUACCAGCCAGCAUCGGCCAGUUGCCGUUACUGAGGAUAUUGAGACUCCACACCAACAGGCUCAACGGCACGCUCCCACCGGAGCUCGGAAAGCAGUCGCCGGGUUUGUAUUAUGUUGAGGUUGACUACAAUGAUUUCACCGGCGGGAUCCCUGAAGGACUGUGCACCGGAGGCAACUUCCACGAACUCAAAGCCAAGAGCAACCGAUUGAACGGCUCCAUCCCGGCAGGCCUUGCCAACUGCGCCACUCUUGGAACCCUGUCGCUGGACAACAACCAACUCACCGGCGACGUACCAGAGGCUCUGUGGACGGCGACGAAGCUUUACUUCGUGACAAUGCAGAGUAAUCAGCUCACCGGGACUCUUCCGGCCACGGUGCAUUUCAACAUUUCGACGUUACGCAUUGGGAACAACCAAUUCAGUGGCAACAUUCCGGCUGCAGUAGCUGCUCUCCAGGUGUUCACCGCCGAGAACAACCGGUUUUCUGGUGCGAUACCGGCGAGUCUUGGCGACGGCAUGCCGCUGCUGCAAAGACUCAGCUUGUCCGGGAACCAACUGUCCGGCGGGAUCCCGAGAAGCGUUGCUAAGCUAAGCCAGCUGACGCAAAUGGACCUGAGCAGGAAUCAGCUCACCGGCGGCAUACCGGCAGAGCUCGGCGCCAUGCCGGUGUUAAGUGUCCUUGACCUGUCGUCGAACAAGCUCUCCGGCAACGUACCGCAGGCGCUUGCGAAGCUACAACUCACCUCCCUGAACCUGUCCUCGAACCAGCUGAGCGGUCAGGUCCCGGCCGGGUUGGACACAGCGGUCUACGACACCAGCUUCCUCGACAACCCCGGCCUCUGCACCGCCGCUGCCGGAUCCGGCUACCUCACCGGCGUACCUUCCUGCGCCGGCGGAUCACAAGACCGCGCUUCCUCCGGAGGCGUCUCGCACGCACUCCGCACGGGCCUCCUCGCCGCCGGCGCCGCGCUCCUCCUAAUCGCCGGUGCGUUCGCCUUCUUCGUCAUCCGCGACAUCAAGAAACGGCGGCGCGUCGCGGAGCAAGACGACUGGAAGAUCACGCCUUUCGUAAAAGAUCUGGGAUUCGGUGAGGCACCCAUACUCCGGGGGCUGACGCAGGAGAACAUCGUCGGCCGCGGGGGAUCGGGGCGCGUGUACCGCGUCGCCUACACCAACCGGCUUAACGGCCGAGCCGGCGCGGUGGCCGUGAAGCAAAUACAGACCGCCGGGAAGCUCGACGAGAAGCUGGAACGCGAGUUCGCGUCCGAGGCUGGCAUCCUCGGCAACCUCCGGCACAACAACAUCGUCAGGCUCUUGUGUUGCCUCUCCAACGCCGAGUCCAAGCUCCUCGUGUACGACUACAUGGACAAUGGCAGCCUGGACAGGUGGCUCUACGGCGACGCCCUCCCCGCCGGUGGGCGCCCCAUGGCAAGGGCGCGGUCCGCGCGGCGCGAACCGCUGGAUUGGCCGGCGAGGCUCAGGGUGGCCGUCGGCGCCGCGCAGGGGCUGUGUUACAUGCACCACGAGUGCGAGCCGCCCAUCGUUCACCGGGACGUCAAGACGAGCAACAUCCUGCUGGACUCGGAGUUCCGGGCCAAGAUCGCCGAUUUCGGGCUGGCCAGGAUGCUGCUGCAGGCCGGGGCGCCCGAGACGAUGUCCGCCGUUGCCGGAUCGUUCGGCUACAUGGCUCCUGAGUGCGCUUACACCAUGAAGGUGAGCGAGAAGGUUGACGUUUACAGCUUCGGCGUCGUUCUCCUGGAGCUCACCACCGGAAAGGAGGCCAACGACGGCGGCGAGCACGGCUGCCUGGCGGACUGGGCACGGCACCACUACCAAUCAGGAGGGAGCAUCCCCGACGCCACAGACAAGAGCAUCAGAUACGACGGGUACUCUGACGAGAUCGAGGUUGUCUUCAGGCUCGGCGUGCUCUGCACCGCCGAUAUGCCGUCGUCGCGGCCAACCAUGAACGACGUGCUGCAGAUCUUGGUCAAGUGCAGCGAGCAGACGUACCACAAGGGCAAGACGGAGCGUGGCCCAGAGUAUGAGGCGGCUCUGCUACCCAAGCGCGGCAGUCGCCGGAAACAGCUUUCAAACGACUCGGGGAUCGACAUCGAAGAGAAGAUCGACUUCGACAGCAUUGUCUGAAGAAAGGAACUGACCACUGCAUAUGCCAGUAAGCAGCUUGUGACAUCGUCAGUGAACUGCUUAGCAAUAGUGAUACUUCACAUUUUAGCAUAGUACAGCGGAGAAUUAUGCGUCUAAGCUUUUUUUUCUGAAGAGCUACGUGUCUUUAUAUUAAAAGAGAAUAUAAAUAGAAAAACCGGUCUCUUGGAAGCAACCACUCUAGCUCACCUAGGAGAAUAGAGAGAUUGCAGAAAUAAGCGAAUAAAAACAUCGUUACCACACCUUGACCCUGCACGGCUGGACUAGGUACAUGCAUAGAAUAGAGUAGGGCUUGUGGCUAGCCAAACCGUUCUGUGUGUUGAUACUGCAAACUUGUAAUAAAUCACACACAUAUUAUACGUUCAGAUAGAAGAACUAGCAAACAUUACGAUUAUCA